CGACAGCUCCAAUCACACAACAGCUUUACCGUCAACAAAACGAUGGCAUACUUUUGGUUUCGCCGUGCUGACAGAAUGAAAAACCACUUCGCCGUGAUUGUAUUUUUGUUCGGAACUCUAGUUAAGUUGGGCCAUGUUUGUAAAGCUCAGGAAGCUCCCGAGGAUGCAGAACUCAGGCUUCUCCAUCACCUCAUGGAAAACUACUUACAAGAGAAACAAAUUCUACCCACGCAAAACAGAUCUGAACCAGUAAUUGUUACGUUCGACAUGGCAUUUAGUCAGCUCGUCGACUUGGAUAGCAAAGACCAAAUCAUGACCAGCAACAUUUGGGUCAGACAGUUUUGGAACAACAAGAGGCUUACGUGGGAUCCAGCAGAGUUUGGCGGAAUAAAAGACAUUAACGUCAAUCCAAAGAUAGUUUGGAAGCCCGAUAUUCUUCUUUACAACAACAUUAACGGCGUCGGAAGAGAAAUGUACAACUUUGACACUAUGGUUAUCCUGCACCACGAUGGUCGAAACGAAUGGUUUGCACCGACGGAAAUCAAAUCCAUUUGCAAGAUCGACAUAACGUUCUUUCCCUUUGACGAGCAGAUUUGUUUACUUACUUUCGGAUCAUGGACCUACAACAGCCAAUUCCUUGACUUGGCUCGCAAGAGCGAGACUGCUGACCUGCAAAAGUACACCAGUAAUGGUCAGUGGACAUUGGUCUCCGUAAAUGCGACGCGAAAUGUUGUUAAAUAUAGCUGCUGCAAGUAUCCUUACGUUGACAUAACAUUUAGGGUCCACCUUCGGCGGCGACCGUUGUUUUUUGUUCAGAAUUUGAUUCUACCUUGCAUUCUUUUGGCCACUUUGACAGUGUUUUCUUUCACGUUACCGCCAGGGUCCGGAGAAAGAAUUGCAUUGGUGAUUACUCUCUUACUUGGCCUCACGGUAUACAUGCUCAUUUUCACCGAGAACAUUCCAAAGACUUCAGAGGUACUACCUCUGAUCAGCAAAUUUUUUAUCGUGAUCUUGUUUGAGGUGGCCUUUUGUUUGAUGGGAACGUCGGUCACUUUAAGGUUUUAUCAUUUUAGUGAACCGGAGAGGAAAGUUCCCGCUUGGGUGAAUUUUUUCAUUGUUGGCUGGUUGGCGAAACUGUUGAGAAUGAAAAUGGCUGUGAACUUGUCAGAGAAGCGAUACGGCCACAAUACCAUGAUUUACCCUAAAGGUCGAUUGAAAGGUACAUUGUGGCAUCGCCUUCUGGGGUGUAGAGCUAAUGGUACCAGCUCCUUAAACGACGGUCGAAUGCAGGGAAAAGUCAAAGAUUCCAUGGAUGAAGAGCUGGAAGAAAUAACGGACAAACUCUCCGACAAUCCUAGUAAAGCCGUCGAGAAAAACGAUGAAUCGAUGCGAAAUAAAGAGAAGUGGCAUUUCGCUGCCUCCGUGAUUGACAGGUUUUUCUUCUUCUUUACAGGGGUGGCAUUUUUUCUUUCCGUGAUCAUUUUCUACCUCAAGAUACCACACUACGAUAACGAAAAGAACUUUCAAGACAUUCAGACCGGUUGAACAUAAACGAGAUUCUGAGGAAUGAUCCCUUAGAUUUACAGAAUUAGAUUUUUGCUUUCCUCUUUUUACUUUAAUUGACCUUCCAACAUGCUCAAAAGACUGCUGACCAAGGCGAGUGCAUGCCAUUUCUUUGAAUCCUUGGUGUAGAAUGGGAGCCUUUCCACAGGCUACAAUUUAAUUAAUGUCAACGCCGGUGGAGUGUGAACAAAAAGUACGCAAUUUACUAUCUUGAAGAGG